AUGUUGGCGUCCCAGAGGAAAAAUGUAUUGUCAGCGGUGGAAAUGGUACAAGUGCACUUCUCCUGGCGUGCAUGCACGAAGAAGUUCUGUCCUGCAGUUACCUGCAGUUCUUACGUUGACAACCUUGGUGCCCGAGGAGGUUUUCCCCAUGACUUCAUUGAAGCCCUCUUGACGACCAAGAACUUUUAUGCUCUUUGGAACCUUUGUCUGGAUGACCGCAAGACCUUGUGUGGGGCGCAACAAAAGCACUUCGUCAAGGCCUUCAGUUGCUUCCCAGGCAUGGAGCACCAAUUUGUCGGUUCCUUCAAGCGCUUCGAGCCCAAGCCCAAAAGGCAUUGCGAAUCAAUAACGCUGGUAGCAAUGCUUUGCUCCUUUUAUCUCUGCGUGGCACCGUGGAAGCCGACCCAGGCUUCUACCAACUGA